UUCAGACUUUAUAAUAGGUAAUACAAAAAUAAGGAAAUUCUAUUUUAUAAUCUCUCACUAACAUGGUACAUUUUUGGUAAAAAUGUUUGGCAAACAUUUGGCACUUUUGAUAGUUAUCCUUGCUAAUGUGGACUAUGAAGUAUCAGGUCUCCCAUUUCAGUCUACUGACAAUCUUCUAACAUCAGAUGUUUUGCCAAAUUUCAACGGCGUUGUUGGUGGUGGCCAUUUAAAUUUAGUUGAUAUUGAUACUUUAUCUCCAAGUAGACGUAAAACAAAAGGAAAGGGGACCGAGUUCGAUGCAGCAACUGUUGUGGAAGUACUAGAAAAAUUAAGACAAGCCCUCGAUGCUGCUCAAUUUGAUGAUGAAGAAACAGACGACAUAUUCACUAGGAGAGCUAAUAAACAAUCGAAAAAUUCAAAGAAUAAUAAAAAUGAUGACAGUCAAUCAUCAAAAGUGAACAAUAAAAAUGAAUCUUCGAACUCAUCCAAUUCAACCUCGGGUAGUGACAAAAAUCAGUCAUCAAAUUCAUCCAGCUCGGGAAGUGACAAAAACCAGUCUUCAAAUUCAUCAAGCUCAGGAAAUGACAAAAAUCAAUCUUCUAGUUCAUCCAGCUCGGGAAGUGACAAAAACCAGUCUUCUAGCUCAGGAAAUGACAAAAAUCAAUCUUCAAAUUCAUCAAGCUCAGGAAAUGACAAAAAUCAAUCUUCUAGUUCAUCCAGCUCGGGAAGUGACAAAAACCAGUCUUCCAGCUCAGGAAGUGACAAAAACCAGUCUUCAAAUUCAUCCAGCUCAGGAAGUGACAAAAACCAGUCUUCAAAUUCAUCAAGCUCAGGAAAUGACAAAAAUCAGUCUUCCAGCUCAGGAAGUGACAAAAACCAGUCAUCAAAGUCUUCCGGCUCUGGAGGUGACAAAAAUCAAUCUUCAAAGUCUUCCGGCUCUUCAAGUGACAAAAGCCAGUCUUCAAAUUCCUCAAGCUCAGGAAAUAACAAAAAUCAGUCUUCAACGUCGUCCAGCUCGGGAAAUGGCAAAAAGCAAUCUUCCAGCUCAGGAAGUGACAAAAACCAGUCAUCUAAGUCUUCCGACUCUGGGAGUGCCAAAAAUCAGUCUUCAAAGUCGUCCAGCGCUGGAAAUGACAAAAAUCAAUCAUCAAAUUCAUCAAGCUCAGGAAAUGACAAAAACCAGUCUUCAAAUUCAUCAAGCUCAGGAAAUGACAAAAAUCAGUCUUCCAGCUCAGGAAGUGACAAAAAUCAGUCAUCAAAGUCUUCCGGCUCUGGAAGUGACAAAAAUCAAUCUACAAAGUCUUCCGGCUCUACAAGUGAUAAAAGCCAGUCUUCAAAUUCCUCAAGCUCAGGAAAUGACAAAAAUCAGUCUUCAAAGUCUUCCAGCUCUGGCAGUGACAAAAAUCAGUCUUCAAAGUCUGCCAGCUCGGGAAGUGACAAAAGCCAGUCUUCAAAUUCAUCAAACUCAGGAAAUGACAAAAAUCAGUCUUCAAAGUCUUCCGGCUCUGGAAGUGACAAAAACCAGUCAUCGAAGUCUUCCAGCUCUGGAAGUGACAAAAAUCAGUCAUCAAAGUCGUCCAGCUCUGAAAAUGACAAAAAGCAGUCUUCCAGCUCAGGAAUCAUCAAAGUCUUCCAGCUCUGGAAACGACAAAAAUCAAUCUUCAAAGUCUUCCAGCUCUGGAAAUGA